AUCGCUGCGUCCACCUUCUGUAGUCCAGUUGUAGCCGCUUGCCGAUGGCGCGGCCGGCGGCGAAGGCGCGGGUGCCGAAGCACUUGGUGGCGCUCGCCGUCGUCGCCAUCCUCGGCCUCGUACUCGUCGCUGACUACCUCUGGGCUUCGUCCUCCGCGUCGUCCUCGGCCGUCUGGUCCUCCAGGCUUAAUCUCCACACCGGACCCGCCGGUUCGACGCCGCCCGUCGCGAAGAAGAUUAAGGAGGACAAGAAAUCUGUAGGUUCGACUGGCAUAAAUGCAACUUUUGCGGACUUGCCAGCUCCAGAACUGAAAUGGGAGGAGAUGGCUGAAGCACCUGUGGCCCGUUUGGAUGGCGCUGCUAUACAGAUUAAGAAUCUCUUAUAUGUAUUUGCUGGGUAUGGCACCAUUAACCAUGUGCAUUCUCAUGUUGAUAUAUACAAUUUCUCGGAUAAUACAUGGGGUGGAAGAUUUGACAUGCCCGAAGACAUGGCACAUUCACAUUUGGGGAUGGUUACUGAUGGAAGAUUCAUCUAUGUGGUAACUGGACAGUAUGGUCCACAAUGUAGGGGACCAACAACUCGAAAUUUUGUAUUGGACACAGAAACAAAAGAAUGGCGUGGCAUGCCACCAUUGCCAGUUCCUAGAUAUGCUCCAGCAACACAACUUUGGAGAGGCAGACUUCAUGUGAUGGGUGGCAGCAAGGAGGAUAGGCAUGAACCUGCGCUUGAACACUGGAGUCUCGCGGUAAAGGAUGGGAAAGCAUUGGAGAAAGAGUGGAGGAGCGAGAAACCAAUACCGCGUGGAGGUCCUCAUAGGGCUUGUGUAGUUGCAAAUGAUAAACUCCUUGUUAUUGGUGGUCAAGAAGGUGAUUUCAUGGCCAAGCCUGGGUCUCCUAUAUUUAAAUGUGUUAGAAGAAGUGAGGUUGUGUAUAGUAAUGUUUAUAUGCUUGAUGAUGGAACGACUUGGAAGGAACUUCCACCUAUGCCAAAACCAGAUUCACAUAUAGAAUUUGCUUGGGUGAAUGUCAACAAUUCUCUUGUUAUUGCUGGAGGAACGACAGAUAAGCACCCAAUAACUAAAAAGAUGGUGUUGGUUGGUGAAGUAUUUCGGUUCAAUCUGGGUACGCUGGAAUGGAGUGUGAUUGGGCGGUUACCUUUCCGAAUCAAGACCACAUUGGUAGGAUACUGGGAUGGCUGGCUGUAUUUCACUUCUGGGCAACGAGACAAAGGACCAAAAGACCCGUCUCCUAAAAAGGUUGUUGGGUGCAUGUGGAGAACUAAAUUGCACUUGUGAUUUCCUUUAAAAGAACUAAGCCGUUCUUUGGUUUUAUGGUUUACAAAACUGUUUCAAUCCCCUCAUGGGCGAGUUCUUUCUUGGUUAUAUAUCGUAGGUGAAAUGGGUGGCGUUGGGGACUGUCUGCCAUUGCCACCGGUGUGUUGUAUGUUUAUUCUUUUAGUUAGGAUCACCAACUUUUGCACCAUUUUGUACAGAGAGAAUCGAUCUGUCCAGGUGCUGUCGCAAUCUUGUAAGUUGUAGCGUGUACCUUUUUUUUUAUUGAGCUCUUACACUCAUCUUCUAAAAUUAAUCACAACUUCAACUUGAGCC